GCGAUCUACACGAAUUUGAUUGUUGGCGCCGUUUUCCUGUUCUCCACAACACGCACUCCUUAUUACUUUUUGUUAAAGAACCGAAAGCAGCAUUGUUCACUGCGCCUACUCUCCUCCACUUUUAUUUCCUCGGCCCUUAUGUGUUUCAACUUGGUUUUAUUUUGUAUUUGAAGAGGAAGAAUCUGGUCAAGGGGUCUUUUUUUCUUGUUGUCCUUUCGAGCGUCUGCAUUGCCGAUUGCGCGGCGCAGGCCUCCACGCAGCGUCGCGAACUCUCAGCCAGCGUACGUAGACUUCCUACUGCACAGAGCGGUAGAAACAAACGUCACAUACACACACACACACUUCAUAGAAGUCGAUCGAGCAGCGUGGGAAGUGACGCGGUAGAACAACAAGAGAAGACGAGCUCUAUCAUUGUAUAAGAGCUUCGGGGCUCCCUUGUACCAGCCCACUCCAGUUUUCGAAUAUAUAGACAUAUAUAUUUCAACAACACGAUGGAGCUGUCGCUCUAUCAUGAGCACUACGGCGUGCGCUACGCCCCUCGCGGGCUCGCCGCGUGGCUCUUCUACGUCAUCUGUCUUCUCGCCAUCCUCGUCAUUCCGUUUAUUAUCGGUCUCGCGAUGCAGAACUUUUGGGUGGAAACGAAUUACUUUUAUGAGAUGCCCCACGUCACCUUCACCGAGCGGUGCGCGCUGCGUGUGAGCACCGUCCUCGGCGAGGAGUACCUCUGGACUUGCUCGGAGCUCGUCAACGCGGCACUGCUCGGGACGCCGUUGAGCCUCACGCCGUACUUCGCGCUCUACGAGGAGGACAGAGACGGCGAUGGCAGGACAGAUGUAGUGAACUUCUUGAUCAGCUUUCCCCUCGGUAACUCAACAGACAGCUCCAUUUACGGCGGCGGUGGCGGGGUGGCAGCGCCGACCACCGUGCGCGACGCCGUGCUCGACGUGACCUUUCUACCGGAGUUUGUCUACUACAUCAAGCACUACCUCGUGAAGGUGAACAUGACAGCUGCACCGUUGCUGCGCUACACGCGCUUGCCUCUGCAGCGCAACGCGGGUUCCGUCACCACCACUGUGGACGUGGGGGACGGCGGCGGCGGCAGUGCGAGUGCGAGCUCCGUUACGUCCACCACCUUCGCCUGGAGCGGUGCCCCUGUGUGCGCUGUGACGAAGGCCGACAUGCUUUUUCACUCCACCGAGAGCCUCAUCAACUCCCCCUACGUGUCCUACCAGCACACCUACACCGGAAGCCCGUUAGCGGAGCAGUCACUCCAGCCGGCUGAUUUGGCCGACCUUUCACAAUUUGCCAGCGCGUACACCUCGCGCAAUCAGUCGGUCGUGUUGCGCCCGUUUGUGGAGACAUCUGGCGGGCUGGAGUUGCUACAGCGGGACAGCACCGUCGUGCGGGGUUUGUGGGAGGACUUGGAUGACCUGAACGCCUUUACGUGGUACAUCCAACUGCGCAUCCCAAAGGCAGCGGUGCAGUACGUGCCCUCGUACGCGGAGGUGCUGAAGUGGGGCUGGAUUCAGUACUUCGUGAUUGGCUACAUUAUUCAGUGGUUCCUGUGGAAGGUACGCAUGGUGCUGGUGAAGAUGGGCCUGAUCGACUCACGUGCGGCGUUUAGCGUGAUGCGCCGGCAAUACUAG